GCCCACUUGGUAUACCAGCAGAUGAAGAACUUAAGGAGUGUGUCUAACCGUAUUCGCCUUAGCAACUGAGAGUCUGCUCUGUGACCAUUAGGCACCAUGGGAAAGAGAGAUAACCGGGUAGCCUAUAUGAAUCCUAUAGCAAUGGCCAGAUGGAGGGGCCCAUCUCAACCUGUAGGCCCAACAAUACAAGAUUAUCUGAAUCGACCAAGGCCCACCUGGGAAGAAGUGAAGAAAAAAAUAGAAAGUAAAAAGAAAGGCUCCAAAGCAUUGGCAGAAUUUGAAGAAAAAAUGAAUGAGAAUUGGAAGAAAGAACUAGAGCAAAGCAGGGAGAAAGCAUUAAGUGGAAAUGAGGGUCCGUCCAGAAAAAGAGAAAGAAAGAAAAAGAAAAAGAAGAAAUCUUGUCAGUCUUCAUCUUCUUCAUCAAGUUCUGAUUCUUCGAGCAGUUCUUCAGAUUAUGAGGCUGAGAAAAAGAAACGAGGAAAAAAGAGAAAGAAAAAGAAGAAGCAUUCACACAAAUCAUCAGAAAGCUCUACACAUGAAUCUGAAUCAGAAAGCAAAGAGUAUAGAAAAAAGAAAAAGAAGUCAAGGGAUGAAACAGAGAAAGAAAAGUAUAUUAGAAGUGUCAGCAAAAAAAGAAAGAAGACUCACCCUGAGGAUAAACCUCUACCAUCAGAGUCCUCAUCAGAAUCAGAUUAUGAAGAGGAGGUCCAAGCAAAGAAGAAGAGAAGACAUGAAGAGCAAGAACAAACAAUGGAAAAAGCAAAGAAGAAGAAAAAGAAACAUCACAAGAAACAUAGUAAGAAGAAGAAAAAGAAGUCGACUUAAGUCACAAGUCAGGAUAACAUCAAGAUGAAAUAAAGCAAGAUUUCUCUAUUUAAAAAGCAAGGCCUAAAAGAAAAUCCAACUGUGAAUGUUUGGGCCCAUUUACCAAAAUGCAUGAAUUUCCCUGUGUUAAUAGAAUUAUUCCUGGACUUUGAAUUUCCAGUCAAAUGCCACUGUGUCAGAAAGGGCCAUAAUUGUUGCCUGUGACUUAUAUAUAGGAUUUUGUUUGUGUGUUUUUCCUUCCAGUGUUUACUCUGACACCUGAAAUGCUGUUGUCAUACUAGUGGUUAAAAUGGUUGGAAUUAAAGUAAAAUGUUUUAGAUAAUAUUCAUGACAGAAAUAUAUCUAAUUUUAAAGUUAUCUAAUUUGGGUAUAUGUUAUCCGAAAGAUCCAGACAAAGAUAAUUGACAUUUUUGAAGCAUGGACUAAACAUUGAUGUCUCAAAAUCCUUAUUUUUGAAGAUAAGUUUAAUUUAUUUCAUUUUUCUCCUUAAAAAACUUUUGUUUACAUGGGGAAAGGGCUUGUGGGGGGCUGGGGGGAGAGUUUGUUAUCACUUUGGCUAGCUGAAUAGUGUGCCUUUGAUCCUUACACAUUCUAUUUUUGCCAGUGCAGCAGCCAUUCUUUUCUUACUUACUGAAAUUCUGGUAUGUUGUUGUAUGCUGCUUCAAGUGAACAAGAAAGACAACAACUUAACAGUAUAAGUAAGCCCCCAAUUCUAUGAAAUUUACCUCUAAUUCAACAGUACUGAAUAGAAUUUAGCAUUAGAAUGUUACAUGAUUUGCAUUAUCUUUGAUACCCAUUGGAGGGGAAUAAUUUUAAAUAGACCCUGGUAUUUUUUGAUUAAUAAAGAUUCUGAAAUAUUUUGCAUGUUUUAUACUAUUAAUUUUUGAUUAUCCACAGAUAUUCUAUAUAACCGGUACUCCUUUUUAUAUGAUUUAUGCUUAAAAUACAAGUUUCAAGUUUGUAAUUUCUUACUCUUACUAUAUUAAUUUCAUUACUGUGUUUAAUUUCACACUUGCCAAAAUAUUUAGCAUGUAAAAAAGAAGGUUUUUAAAAAAUAUUUAAUGCCUUCAUAUUGAAGCUGGUUUACUGUAAGCAAGUUGAGUGCCAGACCUCUAGUAUAUUGUGUGUCUUGUUAUACAAAACUACUGCCACAAUUUUAGUAAAUAUGCUGUUUUUAAAGUUUGUUGUCUUAAGCAUUACUAGUGAAUUAAAAUAAGAGUUGAAUUUGGGAGAUAAUGAUAUCAUUGAUCUUCCUAUGUCAUAUUUUACUAAGAACCCGUGCCUCAUUUCUGUUGCUGAUUCAUGUUAACCACUAAUGCUGAAAUGAGUUGAAAAUUAUUUUUACUUUACAUUUUUAUAUAUCAGAAUAAUAUGAUUUAUAAAUUGGUGUUUCAAAAAAUACCUAUUACAGGAGAUGGGCCAAUUGUAAUGUCAUAUAUACAAAAUAUUUUGGCAUGAUGAGAGUCAAUAGCUAUUUUUUUUUAAUUGCCCAUUUUGUGUCUGGUCCCUUGAAUCACAAGCAAAACUAUUAUAAAAAUAGAAAACAUCUAGUAGGUAAAUAACAUAUUGGCUCCUUACAUUUUUGGAGUGGAAUAACAAAACCUCUCGGUGAAGUUCUUGAAAAAUUAUAAAUGUAAUAACAUGUUAAAUAACAUUAAAGCUUCAUAAAAUGUGUUUCCUAAUAUAUAUAAUCUAUAUAUCUAUAAGCUGAUAAAUUUAUUAUAUUUAAGGGAUAUUUUGUAUCCAUAUAAAGUUUUUCAAAAAUUGUUGUUCAUUAAAAUAUGAAAAAGCUUAUAUCAUUUGUGGAAAGUGGCAAAGACAAUGACAACUUAUCAAAUGUGCUCUUAUCACUACCCAGCCCAUUGUAGUUAGGCAAUGCCAUUUGGCUACUUCUAGCAGAGGGUUUGCAGAGAGAUUGUAAACAGAAGCGAUGUGUCCUUUCCAUAGUGGAGCUGUAAAAAGUCCUGCCUGGAUCCUCCAGCUCUCUCUUUACUUGCCAUGAUGAUCUGAAACCAAUGUGCUCCUAAUGGCAUACCUAUAAGAUGGAUGCAACCUGGGUCUCUAAGUCACUGUUUGUAAGGUACCUGUCCUGAAGAGCUGAUGGACUUGCAGUGAAUGUUUUUAG